AUGAGACGAGCUAUAAACUUAAUCAACCGAAACCCUAGACCAUACGAUAUUGCCGCGGACCAAUCUUCUUUGUUGUUUUCGUCAUUACCUUAUGAUGUAGUUUUGAACUGCUUAGCUCGUGUCUCCAGACGCUACUACCCAAACCUCUCUUGUGUUUCCAAAAGCUUCCAAUCCCUUGUGCGUUCUCCUGAGCUUGCACAUAUGCGAUCCUUAAUAGGCAAAGAUGAUCCCGUCGUUUAUGUUUGCUUUUCCGAUACUAAGCCUUUUUUGGGCAGGAGACUUGAUUGGUUUACUUUGAAUCCAAACGAGAAGAAAACAAGUGUUCUUAACUCAUUUCAGGUUUUUUCUUACUAUAUGUUGUAUUGUCCCUCCGUCUCCAUAGGUUCAAAGAUCUACUUCGUUGGAGGAUGCAUGUACAAAUGUUUGCCGGGCCUAUUGAUCUUUGAUUCCUGGUCCGGCGAGUUGUGUGUGGGUCCUAGCAUGAAGGAGGCUCGCAUGUUACCGGGCGUGGCAGUAGUAAAUGGGAAACUAUACGUAAUGGGAGGGUGCCGCGAAGACCAAAUCCAAGUGGAGGUUUUCGACCCGAAUUCACAAACUUGGGAAGUUGGACCUUUAAGUUCAGAUGGGGAAGUCCGAUACGGAAAAGGGUUAAUGCGAUAUGGAGCAAUUGUGACUGAAGCUGUAGCAUUGGAAGGGAAGGUUUAUUGUAUGAGUUAUAAAGAUGGGAGUCACAUAAUCUACGAUACGAAAGAUGGAAAAUGUGAGACUUUUUUGAUGGCAGAUGGAAAGGCAUGGAGGAGAGGUGGAGUGUGUGUGGUAAACAGUGUGAUCUAUGUUUAUUACAUUAAUCUUGGGGUAAUGUGGUAUGACCCUAAAGAUAAGGUAUGGAGAGAGGUUAAAGGUUUGAAUAAGCUUGAUUAUAAAUCAAUUGACAUGGUUGGGAUGGUGGAUUGCAAUGGGAAACUUGGGUUUCUGUGGGGAAAUAACACGAGAGAAAUUAUUAGUGGAAGAACCGAGAAGAGGAUUUGGUGUGAGAUGAUCGUGUUGGAGAGGAGUGGAGUAGAAAUCCAUGGAACGGUCGAGUGGUCUGAUCUCGUUGGAUUUGUUCCUCAUGACUAUGAAAUUUGGCGUUGUCUAGGUGUUUCUUAUUAA